CGCGCCCCGCCGGGGGAGCGGCGGGAGAAGGGAGGGGCGGCGGGGAGCGAACAUGGCGCGGCCGUGGUCACCUCUGCCAUGUGCUCACCCGCCCCGGGCUGCCCGGGGACCGCCGCUCCUCUGGACAGAUUCCUUCCGUCCUGGGCCGCUGCUGGCUGCAGGGAGGGAACAAAGGAGGGAUGGCGGGAGGGAGGGAGGCAGGCGGAAGAGGAGCACACGCCAUCCCAUUCCAUGAGUCUGAGUGGCGGCGCGGUCCCGCCUCCCCCGCCCUCCGUCCCUUGGGAGCAGCGAGCACCGGGCCAGGGCGGCUGCGGCUGCUGCUCGGAGCUCGCUCUGCCCCGUCCCGACCGCGUGGCGCCAGAGCCUGCGGGCCUGCAGGGGAUGCUGCUGGGGGAGGUCCCCGCUGCCCAGCAAAGUGGGGACCAGCCUCCAAAUGCGUGUCUCGAACUGUGGUUCUGAAACGUCUUACUCAUUGCUCAGGAUUGUACCCCCAGUCCUGGGAGAAGGCUGCAAAUUCUGAGACCGAUCUCAGAUUCUGAGUAGACAAAAGACAAAGGAAGAAGCCAAAACAUGCUUCCCAAUGAAACUGAGAUUAUUUUCUGUAGCUCUAAUGGUACUUCAGGCAACUACUUAAAAUUGAGCCUUGCCUUAAUUCACGAGUGAGAUUCCACGUGAUAAUGGCACCUUUGGUACAACCUUAUUUCGCCCAGAAAGCUGCCGUUAAUCCUCCUAAGCAGAAGAAAUUGUUGUGUUGUUUGACGGUCUCUGAGUUACAACUGUUCCCAUUUAACUACCACUUUUUCAAUUUCUAGAUUAAGUGGCUAUGCUUGUGGGAUAGAGAAAAACUUGCCAUGGUCUGAAGGAAAAGGUUGAUUGUAUCUUUUUCCUAUAUGAAAAUGGCAGAACAACC